AUGGCUUACGUGUUAACAGAAACUGCAGCCGGUUAUGCACUCCUAAAGGCUUCAGAUAAGAAGAUCUACAAAUCUUCAACUCUGAUCCAGGAUCUUAACUCGGCUGACAAAGUUGUCAACCAGUUCAAAGUGGCCGCAUUCUCCAAGUUCAGUUCUGCCGCCAAUGCUUUAGAAGAGGCUACCGCAGUUAUUGAUGGUAAAGUCUCCAACCAACUUCAGAAGCUUUUGGAAGAGGCUAAGUCCGAUAAGAAGUCUACUCUGAUUGUUUCGGAUACCAAGUUGGCUAAUGCCGUUAACAAGUUAGGAUUAAACUUCUCCGUCGUCUCAGAUGCCGUAACUUUGGACUUGUACAGAGCUGUCAGAGAAUAUUUACCAGAGUUGCUCCCUGGUCUUUCAGACAAGGAUCUUUCAACCAUGUCUCUGGGUCUUGCUCACUCGAUCGGCCGUCAUAAGUUGAAAUUUUCUGCGGAUAAAGUUGAUACAAUGAUUGUUCAAGCGAUUGCCUUGCUUGACGAUCUGGACAAGGAAUUGAACACAUAUGCCAUGCGUAGUAAGGAAUGGUACGGAUGGCAUUUCCCUGAACUGGCUAAGAUUGUUACAGAUUCUGUGGCCUAUGCUCGUAUCAUUUUGACUAUGGGCGUUAGAACCAAUGCUCAGGACACUGACUUGAGUGAAAUUUUACCUGAAGAAGUUGAACAACAGGUUAAGACCGCUGCAGAAGUUUCCAUGGGUACUGAAAUUACCGACAUAGAUUUAGAGAACAUCAAGGCAUUAGCCGAACAAAUUGUUGAAUUCGCCGCUUACAGAGAACAAUUAUCUAAUUAUCUGAGUUCCAGAAUGAAGGCCAUUGCUCCUAAUUUGACAGUCCUGGUUGGAGAACUUGUUGGUGCCCGUUUAAUCGCCCAUGCCGGAUCUUUGAUUUCGUUGGCCAAGGCUCCAGCUUCUACUAUCCAGAUUCUGGGUGCUGAAAAGGCUUUGUUCAGAGCUUUGAAAACUAAACAUGACACACCUAAGUAUGGUUUAUUGUAUCAUGCCUCAUUAGUUGGACAAGCCUCCGGUAAGAACAAGGGUAAAAUUGCCCGUGUUCUUGCCGCUAAAGCUGCUGUUUCUCUGCGUUACGAUGCACUCUCUGAAGACCGUGAUGACUCUGGUGACGUUGGUCUUGACUUUAGGGCUAAGGUCGAGUCUAGAUUGAGUACCCUGGAAGGUCGUGAUUUAAGAACUACUACUAGACUUGUCCGUGAACAGAAAAAGGUUGAAUUGACUGAAGCACCAGCUUACAAUGCUGAUGCCGAUGCUGUACCUGAAUCAGUUAAGGAUGAAGAUUCUGAUGAUGAAUCUGACAGUGAAGAGGACACCGUCGAAAAGAAGCGAAAGAGAGACGAAUCUGAGGAAGAAGAGGAAGAGGAGGAAGAGAAGCCAAAGAAACAUAAGAAGGACAAGAAGGACAAGAAAGAGAAGAAAGAAAAGAAAGAAAAGAAGGAGAAGAAGGAGAAAAAGGAGAAAAAGGAGAAGAAAGAGAAGAAGGAAAAGAAGGACAAAAAAUCCAAGAAGCAAAAGAAAUAG